CAAGUAUUCCGCACCUCAAAUGGAUGUUACUCACUCCCCCUGCAACUAAAAUGAGCGAUAUCAAAAUGGGAAAAAUAGGAGAACGCGCAAACGAACCAGAGCCAGUACACGCCAAAAAACAAGUUUCCAGAACAUGGUUGGGAGUGCGUCACGUCCAGGCCUUGAUCCUUUUUUUCUGUUUGGCAUCGAACUACCUGAUGAGGACGAACCUGAGUAUAGCCAUGGUGCUGAUGACCGACAAGAACAGUACCGAUACUUACGAGGUAUACGACUGGAGCUCAGAGCAGCGAGGCAUUCUGUUCAGCGCUUUCUUCUGGGGCUACCUCAUCAUGAACUUAUGUGCUGCGGUGUUGGUUAAUAAAUUUAACAACAGGAAUCUCCUUCUUUGUAGCGCCACUUACAGCUCGAUCGCGACGAUCGCAACACCGUUCAUCGUCAAAAUCGGAGGUUACGGGGCUUUCGUCGCCCUCAGGGCAUCGUUAGGACUCAUGCAGGGUUUCAUGAUGCCUGUGACCUCGGGUCAACUCUCGAGAUGGGUCCCGCCCAACGAAAGAGCUCGCUGCGGCACGCUUGUUUUAGGAGGGAUGCAUUUUGGAACUAUAAUCUCAUUUGUGAGCUCAGGAGUGCUCGGAACUAGCGCGGGUGGUUGGCCGAGCAUUUUUUACCUUUCAGGAGGUAUGUCGCUCCUCUGGUGCGUCGUCUGGUACGAAUGGGGAGCCGAAAGUCCGUCCAGCUGCAGUUACAUUUCACGAGAGGAGAAACGUUACAUCGAAAGCGCCCUGGUUCACACGUCGAAGGCAAAGAAACGAACGAUACCUUGGGCGAAAAUCUUUACAAACAAAGCCUGUUAUGCUGUCACGAUAGCCAUCACAGGUCACAACUGGGGAUACUGGAUUCUGAUCACCCAGAUGCCCACAUUCUUCGAUUCCGUCCUAAAUUACAGUUCUUCAAAUAAUGGUCUUAUUUCAGCGAUGCCGUUCGCCUGUUUGUGGGUUGUGUCUUUUCCUAUUUCAUACAUUGCUGACAUGCUCAUCAAAAAAGGCGUCACUUCGAUAAGCCUUUCGAGGAAACUCUGUAACACUAUUGGUCAUUGGGGAAUCGCUGCAUGUCUACUCGCCUUAGGCUACACGAACAGCAGUAGUGUCGCUAUAAUCAUGUACACUAUAGGGGUGACGUUGGUCGGUUUCACCUUCAUGGGAUUCAACAUCAACCAUCUGGACAUUUGUCCAAACUUUGCCGGCUUUCUGAUGGGCCUCACUAAUGGCAUUUCCAAUAUUUCGGCCAUUCUCGGACCACUUUUUGUCGGCUACGUCGUCACAGAUGUUACAAACGCUGACCUGUGGAGGAUUGUUUUUUAUGUGUCAGCCGGUGUAUUUUUCGUCGGCAACCUGGUUUUCAUAAUCUUCGGCUCAGGUGAAAUUCAAGACUUCAACAAAGUCAGUGAUAAAGAAGAAAGGUAUGAGUCGAAAGAUAUAGAAAAGAACUAAUUUUUCUCGUUUACGAUUUUUAUACAUAAUUUAUAAAUAUAUUUAUUUUAUUUUCUAAUAAAAA